CGCGAAGAUGGCUGAAGAUGUAUAUAGGAGCUCUGUAGAUCGCGACCCAUCGCCUUUCAUCAUCAACAAGUCCUCCACCACAAUCCGCCUUCCACCGUUCCACCAUCUCAUUGCUUUGCCUAUCAAUGCAAGCCACUGGCGCCGCCAUCCACUGAUCUCGAAGCUUAACAGACGGCGCAGAAGACCUCCUCUUCCCCUCACCGCGCUGCUCGCACGAACGUCCUCUCGCCCGCCAUGAACCGCUCACGGCCGGGGAGCGCAAGCAAUUCGAGGCCAUCAUCGUCGCGACAGUCCGAGGUCAACUCCAUCAUGGCGACAGCCGCUCCUAAACCGCCGAUCCCGCGAAAGAGCGCGUUGCGACAGAGUGCUUCUGAGCAGUCCUUGCACGCCCUACCCUACCCGCUUUCGCCCGUGACGAACGUUCAUGCGCAUAAAGACAGCUACGAAACUGGGCGGACGGCUCCUCCAGCAUACGAAUGGGUUCCAGAGCCUGUGGCCGGCGACAGCGACGACAACAGGCCAGUGGAAGGCGAGAAGCUCGCAGCUCUGCGACGGUCAGGCGGCUACCAGAGAAAGAAUCCUUUCAGUUGGCGAAGGCGGACAUGGCUCAUUAUUGCUGGCGUGGCAUUGCUCGCAAUCGCCUUGAUAGUGGGUCUUGCAGUUGGCCUGACAGUUGGACGGAGUGGUUCAAAUUCAAACAACGGAGCCGCACAAAACACGUCAGAUCCAACCAGUUCGGGCGGUGCGGACCAACAGCCGUUCCCCAUCGGCCAGUACAGCAUGAUCACCAGGCUUCAGACCUUAAACAGCAGCUGCACUUCGGUCGCAGAGACCUGGAAUUGUUUCCCGUACCAGGUCUACGAUCCAGCAAACGCAGCUACGUCAGAUGGCAGCAGGUCGAUAUACAACUGGGUCAUCUCGAAUACCUCCUCCACGUAUGCCACAAUUGGCUCAGGCUCAACUUCAGACGACGGCGAACCUGCCAAUCUCACUAUCAGCUCAACGAGCAAUCCUUUCAGCUUGAUGUUCGAGGACACACCACUUACUUACAUUUCGCCUAAAUCAAAUUCAAGCUCCGCUCGAUAUACCUUCCGUAUUGACAUGGACAAGGCAUUCAAUCCUCCAGUAUCGCUGGCCGCUAACAAUGUCGCGACCCAAUGCUACUUCAACCAAACGAGCCUCACCGGCACUCUCUAUCUUUCAGCACCUCGAACAUACCCAGAAUCGAAUAAUUCGGACGGCGGUUUGCAAUGGCCCUACGCAAUAGACAUCCGGCAGAGCAGUCCAGGCGGAACCGACGUUCCGGCUUGCUACGAAUUCGUCCAGGGCCAACAGGGGGCUCGCAUAACUUCUGGACUGACACCACAGUCUGUGGACACAGAAUGUUCCUGCGACUAUCGCAACUAUUGACCGAUCUCUUUCGUGCUUUUUGUUUUUAUUUGAUUUGAUUUGAGACGACCUGAUGCUGAUAAGAUACCCUGCUACUAUUUGGCGAUGAUUGCCGGCGCAUUGAACGUUAAUGUAUAUAGAAAUGUGAGCUUCGCGUGGAAGAUGCCGCGCGAGGAAACGUACAGAGCAAGUACAAGACUCUGGUCGUUUAGACGCUGUCGACUCUGAAACGGAACCUUCAGUCACCAUGCUGACUUUCACGACUCGGAUGUGUCCGGACCGAUCAUCCUCGAGUUCUACCCACACAACCCAACAAAUGCAGGUCGAAGUGCUUUGCGGACACAGAUUCAACGCAAGCACGAUGCCUUUCCGAUCUAGACGGCCUUCGCUGCAAUGCAUGCGCUGGCAGUGCUGUACAGUACGCGC